GCUCUGUAGGACGUGUCAGGCUACCCCGGUCGGGGGCGGCUCCCUGCUGCCUCCGAGCCCGAGCUGCCUGGCCAUUGUCGAUCGCAGGCAGACCACACCGCCCUCCAGAAAUGAUGGGUGUUGCUAGACCCAGCUGGGAUUCUGCCAGGCUCCGGCGCUCAGUCUAAGAGAACGACCAUCUUCCAGCCCUGCUCUCCCUGUCUGUCAUGGCCAUGCUCCGCUGCUGCCUGCUUAUCUGGGGACACAGGGCACCCAGCCCUAGCCCUGAGAUCUUAAGCCAGGCCUUCUGGCUCCAUUCCACAGGGGUACUCCAGGCCCCAGGCCCCUUUCAGAGCAAGAGCAACUGAUGCCAUGGGAGAAGCCCCUGCCCACCUGUCCACUCACCUGGCACUGCCUGUUUUGAGACCCAGACACUGGGUCCACCUGGAGGUGCCAACCCUGUGAGUCUUUCCCCUGUCUCUCUGACGCUGAGAAGGUCCUGCCCACCCCCACCAUGUGUGAGGUGAUGCCCACAAUCAACGAGGGGGACCCCCUGGGACCCCCCCAUGGUGCCGAUGCUGACGCUAACUUUGAGCAGCUGAUGGUAAACAUGCUGGAUGAGCGGGAGAAGUUGCUGGAGUCCCUUCGGGAGAGUCAGGAGACCUUGCUGGCCACGCAGAGCCAGCUCCAGGAUGCCCUCCAUGAACGGGAUCAGCUUCAGCGCCACCUUAAUUCUGCCCUGCCCCAGGAAUUUGCCACCUUAACCCGGGAGCUGAGUAUGUGUCGGGAGCAGCUUCUAGAGCGGGAGGAAGAGAUAUCAGAGCUGAAAGCAGAACGGAAUAACACAAGGCUGCUUCUGGAACAUCUAGAGUGCCUGGUGUCCCGCCAUGAGCGAUCACUGCGGAUGACUGUGGUGAAGCGCCAGGCCCAGUCACCUUCGGGGGUCUCCAGUGAGGUGGAGGUGCUAAAAGCACUCAAGUCUCUGUUUGAGCACCACAAGGCUCUGGAUGAGAAGGUGCGAGAGCGGCUCCGAGCAGCACUGGAGAGAGUGACCACUUUGGAGGAGCAACUGGCAGGUGCCCACCAGCAGGUGUCUGCCCUGCAGCAGGGAGCAGGGGUGCGGGAUGGAGUAGUAGAAGAGGAGGGGACUGUGGAGCUGGGACCGAAACGCCUGUGGAAGGAUGACAUGGGCCAGGUGGAGGAGCUGCAGGAGCUCCUGGAGAAGCAGAACUUUGAGUUGAGCCAGGCCCGGGAGCGACUGGUCACUCUAACAGCAACCGUGGCUGAACUUGAGGAGGACCUGGGCACAGCCCGCCGGGACCUCAUCAAGUCAGAGGAGCUGAGCAGCAAGCAUCAGCGGGACCUCCGGGAGGCUCUAGCCCAGAAGGAGGACAUGGAGGAGCGAAUCACCACACUGGAGAAGCGCUACCUGGCUGCUCAGCGGGAGGCUACAUCCAUCCAUGACCUCAAUGACAAACUGGAGAAUGAACUGGCCAACAAGGAAUCCCUGCACCGCCAGUGUGAGGAGAAGGCCCGACACCUGCAGGAGCUGCUGGAGGUGGCAGAGCAGAAGCUGCAGCAGACGAUGCGCAAGGCAGAGACGCUGCCAGAGGUGGAGGCUGAGCUGGCCCAGAGGAUAGCAGCCCUCACCAAGGCUGAAGAACGGCAUGGCAACAUUGAGGAGCACCUGCGGCAGCUGGAGGGGCAGCUGGAGGAGAAGAACCAGGAGCUGGCAAGGGUGCGCCAGCGGGAGAAGAUGAAUGAGGACCACAACAAGCGGCUGUCGGACACUGUGGACCGGCUGCUUAGCGAGUCCAACGAGCGCCUGCAGCUCCACCUCAAGGAGCGCAUGGCGGCCCUGGAGGAGAAGAACACGUUGAUCCAGGAGUUGGAGAGCUCGCAGCGGCAGAUUGAGGAACAGCACCACCACAAGGGCCGCCUGUCUGAAGAGAUUGAGAAGCUGCGCCAAGAGGUGGACCAGCUGAAGGGUCGAGGGGGGCCGUUUGUGGAUGGCAUCCACUCCAGGUCACACAUGGGCAGCACAGUGGAUGUGCGGUUCUCCCUGAGCACAACCACCCAUGCACCCCCAGGUCUGCAUCGCCGCUACUCGGCAGUGAGGGAAGAGUCUGCCAAGGAUUGGGAGCCAUCUUCACUGCCUGGGGCGCUGGCCCCCAUGGCCGCUCCUGCCUUUGACAGUGAUCCUGAGAUCUCCGAUGUGGAUGAGGAUGAGCCAGGGGGUCUGGUGGGCUCCGUGGAUGUUGUCUCCCCCAGUGGCCACUCAGAUGCCCAGACCCUGGCCAUGAUGCUGCAGGAGCAGCUGGAUGCCAUCAACGAGGAGAUCAGGAUGAUUCAGGAAGAGAAGGAGUCCACGGAGCUCCGUGCCGAGGAGAUUGAAACACGUGUGACCAGCGGCAGCAUGGAGGCCCUAAACCUGACACAGCUGCGCAAACGCAGUUCCAUCCCCACCUCUCUGACCGCCCUGUCCCUGGCCAGUGCGUCUCCCCCACUCAGCGGCCGCUCCACACCUAAGCUCACCUCUCGCAGUGCUGCCCAGGACCUGGACCGAAUGGGGGUCAUGACGCUGCCCAGUGACUUAAGAAAGCAUAGGAGGAAGCUGCUGUCGCCAGUGUCUCGGGAAGAGAACCGAGAGGAUAAAGCCACCAUAAAAUGUGAGACUUCUCCUCCUUCCUCACCCAGGACGCUGCGGCUAGAGAAGCUUGGCCACCCAGCCCUGAGCCAGGAAGAAGGCAAGAGUGCCUUGGAGGAUCAGGGCAGCAACCCCAGCAGCAGCAACAGCAGCCAGGACUCCUUGCACAAGGGCGCCAGGCGCAAGGGCAUCAAGUCAUCCAUUGGCCGUCUGUUUGGGAAGAAGGAGAAGGGCAAGCUGAUCCAGCUGAGUCGGGAUGGAGCCACAGGCCAUGUUCUGCUAACAGACUCUGAGCUCAGUCUGCAGGAGCCCAUGGUGCCUACCAAACUGGGGACCCAGGCCGAGAAGGACCGGCGGCUGAAGAAGAAACACCAGCUGCUUGAAGAUGCCCGCAGAAAAGGGAUGCCCUUUGCCCAGUGGGAUGGCCCUACUGUGGUCUCCUGGCUGGAGCUCUGGGUGGGGAUGCCUGCCUGGUACGUGGCAGCCUGCCGGGCCAAUGUCAAGAGUGGGGCCAUCAUGUCUGCCCUGUCAGACACGGAGAUCCAGCGGGAGAUCGGCAUCAGCAACGCCCUGCACCGGCUUAAGCUCCGGCUGGCCAUCCAGGAGAUGGUGUCGCUGACCAGCCCCUCUGCCCCACCCACCUCCAGGACUUCUUCUGGGAAUGUCUGGGUCACUCAUGAAGAGAUGGAAACUCUGGCAACUUCCACUAAAACAACCCUGGCCUAUGGGGAUAUGAACCACGAGUGGAUUGGGAAUGAAUGGCUGCCCAGCCUGGGGCUCCCUCAGUACCGCAGCUACUUCAUGGAGUGCCUGGUGGACGCACGCAUGCUGGACCACCUGACCAAGAAGGACCUGCGGGUCCACCUGAAGAUGGUGGACAGCUUCCAUCGAACCAGUCUUCAGUAUGGCAUCAUGUGUCUGAAGAGGCUGAAUUAUGACCGGAAGGAGCUGGAGAAGAGGCGGGAGGAGAGCCAGCACGAGAUCAAGGAUGUGCUGGUCUGGACCAACGACCAGGUGGUUCAUUGGGUCCAGACUAUUGGGCUUCGGGACUACGCAGGAAACCUGCACGAGAGUGGUGUGCAUGGUGCACUGCUGGCCCUGGACGAGAACUUUGACCACAACACACUGGCCCUGAUCCUCCAGAUCCCCACACAGAACACCCAGGCACGCCAGGUGAUGGAGAGAGAGUUCAAUAACCUGUUGGCCUUGGGCACAGACCGUAAGCUGGAUGAUGGGGAUGACAAGGUGUUCCGACGGGCGCCCUCUUGGAGGAAACGCUUCCGGCCACGGGACCACCACGGUGGCAUGCUCGGCGCCUCGGCUGAUACCCUCCCGGCAGGCUUCCGUGUGUCCACCCUGGGGCCCAUGCAGCCCCCAGCGGCCCCGCCAAAGAAGAUCAUGCCUGAAGCCGGGACGGCAGGGGCGCAGAGACUGGAGACCUCCACAGUUCGCACCUACUCUUGCUGAUCCCCCACCCUCCCGCCCGGGUCUGAUGGGGGUGUGCCCAUGGCUCGGGCUCACUCCCAUUAUCUCUACGGACACAUGCUCUCUGCCUUCCGGGACUAGCCACUGCCCCCAGCGCUGGCUUCCUCCUGGGUUUCACAGGCUCGCAGGCCCUGACCCCUCCUGCUUGUCCCCCUUCCUCCCACGGCUCCUAGUCUCGUCUGUGACUUUCCAGUUGCCCUGGAUCUCAUAAUAUAUUCGUCCACCUCCUCGGCAUUCCACUACCCUGAGUCCCACCAUGUGUCCUUUGUAAGUCUCUGGUGGAUGUGGUUGGGGUCUCCUGGAGUUGUGGAGGCAUCCAGGGUGUCCAUGCUUGGGAUUCUGGGGCAAGGAGAGAAGGGCAGCCCAGGGCAGUAUGACUCCACCCUCCCUCUUCUGAACCUAGUCUGGUAUUGACUGCAACCUUCACCAGGACCAGGAUCCUGGGCCAAGAGCUGGGAAGGUCCUUCCUUCCAAGAAAGGGGCGCUUCAGACUCUGCUCUGCUUGGGCUACUCCGGCUGUGGGGAAUGGUCUGACAGCUGGUUUUAGCACCCCCAGUGCUACCCCUCCCCUAGCCUCUCACCACAACUGCAGCUCCUGCCUGUAGGACCUGCUUGGGGGCUGAGAGGGGCUGCACAGGCUGCAUUCUUAGGCUGGGAGGAGGAAGACAGAAGUAGAGAUUCCAGGCCCUGGCUUAAGCUGAAUCCCAAAUAUGAGUUUGGGAAGAAUCAGAAAGACAUGGACCCUUGAGCUUUGGGCCAAGAGUGAGGAUGGGGAAACUCUAAUCCCCUCUACCCAGUGAAAGGUGCAGGCAGACUAGGCAGAGGGAGAGCUGGUGGCCUCUGGCGGGUAGCCUUAAGCCCAAAAGACAGUGGGAAUGCCCUUGCACCCACCAUAGGGUUUAGUUCCUGCUGGGCUGGGGGAGAGGAGCUUGUGUGGAUCUUGGCUCUGGGACAGGACAGAUCUAACCUUGUACUGCUGACUUUGCUCACAGCAUCCCUUCCCUUGCUGUCCCCCGCCACCUCACUUAUUUAGUAAUCUCAGUCCCAUAAGAAUGAACCUGAUGGGUAGGUUGAAUGUACAUUGACCAUAAGAUUAAAUUUGGGAGAAAAGCA